AUGCGACAAUUCAAUGUGAAGACUGUCCUCAUGAUCGCUGACCGGAUGCUCUACAGAGUCGAGUAUUUUUAUUCGAAGAAUUACAUUCACGGAGACAUCAAGCCCGACAAUUGCCUUAUCGGUGACACGGCGGGCUCCAACUUUGUGCACAUGGUGGGUUUCGGCCUUGCCAAGAAGUGCAGGGGUUGGACCGCACAGCAGCACAUACCGUAUCGCGACGGCAAAGGUUUGACGGGCACGGCUGCCUACGCGUCCAUCAACGCACAUCCAGGUAUUGAGCAGAGUCGCCCUGACGAUCUUGAGGCAGUGGGGUAUGUGCUGAUGUACUUGGAUCGCGGGCAGCUUCCAUGGCAAGGAUGUCGAGCUGCGACGAACUCGGACAGGUACAGAAAGAUCAUGGGGUGCGAGGUGCCCGCGUCCCUCGAGACGCUCUGCAAGAGGGAUACCCGGCGGUCUUUGCCGCGCACCUCGCCUAUUGCCACUCCCUGCGACCUCUUCAUGCGCGAGGGUUGCUCCCGGAAGCGGCGGUUCGACUGGUCGCCACGCAGCCAGGAUUGCCGCCGACCCUGCCCCGCUGCCAGGCGCCUGCGACGGUGCGGGCGGCGACGGCGACGAGCCCACUGCCGGACCAAGCAGGCCCUGGCAGUCCCAGUUCAAGUCACUGUUCUUUUGCUUGGCAAAACGUUCGGCGACGGCGUGAGCUCGGAGGUGGCGAUCGCGCUGGAGGCGCCCCUGCUGUGUCCAGGUCUCCAUGCCUCCAGAUCCUCACGUCAUCAUGAGUUCUAG